AUGAGCUCAACUGUUUAUUAUGAUGGCUGUUUUAUUGGAGAUGGAGAGCAGCAACCAACAAAUUGGAAACUCGGCACUGUUAUAGCAACUGGAAAAUUCACGAAAGUUUCUCUAGUUGUAGAUAACAAAGGGUUACAAGCAAGACAAUGUGCUGUUAAACAGCUUUUCAUUUCUGAUGACAUUGAUGAAGCUUCCCGGAAAAGUAUUGACGUGGAAAUCACAGCCCUAAAGAAAGCCACUCAUCUGAGAAUCGUUGAUUACUAUGGCUACAGCAGAACAGACAGAGUGUUCUCGUUGUUUAUAGGAUAUAUGCAACAGGGUUCGUUAGCUAAAUACAUACAAUCAGAGAAGGAUGGACACCUUACCGAGUUGCAAACUUCACAUUUUACUCAGCAAAUUCUUGAGGGCCUUGAAUAUCUACAUCAAAGCCGAAUAAUUCAUAGGGACAUCAAAGGUUCAAAUAUUUUAAUGCAAGACAAGAAUAACAUAAAGAUAUCAGACUUCGGAGUAGCUAAGAUUCUUAAUACACUGUCACGCGCAAACACGCAGGGAACAGGAACAAUCAACUGGAUGGCACCAGAAUUGUUCCAGGAAGUGCCAUAUAACAACAAAGUUGAUAUUUGGAGCACUGGAUGUACAGUAUUUCAGAUGUUGACUGGGAAAAUACCUUUUGCACAUCUAAAAGAGACAACAAUUAUAAUAAAAGGAAAUAAAAAUGAACUAUAUUUAACUGUUCCCAAAGAAUGUUCCGAAAAUGUGCAAUCUUUUCUACAUCUAGCUUGUAAAAAUAAUCAUUUAGAGAGACCAUCAGCAACAUAUUUAUUGCAGCAUGAAUUUGUAAGAGCUUGUAAAAAUAAUCUUUUAGAGAGACCAUCAGCAACAGAUUUAUUGCAGCAUGAAUUUGUAAAAGCUUGUGAAAUUAACCAUUUAGAGAGACCAUUGUCAACAUAUUUAUUGCAGCCUGAAUUUGUAAAAGCAUUCCAAACAUAUGAAAAAGAUUCUGAUCCGUCGAUUGAAGGAUUACCAAUACCUGGAACUGAAACAGACAAUGAUUCUGGUGCCGGAUCACAAGGUUGGAUAAAAAUACAGGACUCUGGCCUUCAACAGCGUUACCAAGUUGAUAGCGAAUUUGCUCUUAAGCUCAGAAUGCUACCUGCGUUGGCUUUUGUGCCCACUGAACACAUUAGUAAUGCUUUUGAUAAAUUAUCGGAAAUUUUCCCCCAAGAAGCAAUGCCGAUUGCAGACUAUUUCGAGGACUACUAUAUUGGCGGACCACAACGUCGAGGUCGGAGAAAACCUAUGUUUCCAUUUGAUAUGUGGAACAUGCUCACACGUGCUGAAGACCAUAUGCCAAAAACAAACAACUCAGUUGAAGGCUGGCACAGAAGUUUCCAGUCCAAUAUGUGA